AUGCCCUCCCGCGGUGACUACCUGCUCUUCUCGUGCUUGGCGCCCAGCCCCCUUGGCGAUCGAUCCGGGAGGCGGCUCUUUGAAUGGCCUGUUGAGGGCGGAACGACUCACCUCGAUGCUCUCAGUCAGCUCUCUGGCUCCUUCACCGAGAAAGGCCUAUCAGGGGGUGGAGAAGAGACGGGCGGAAUGAGUCCACCCCCAGAGCACCCCACCACUCCCACAAUCCAGCCCGUUCCUCCUCGAACUGCUAGUUCGUUGUCUGCAGUUCUUCGGGUGGUCCUCAUCUGCGAGAAUAUCGAAGUAUCGAACGCGGGUUGGUGGGUUGGUCGGUUGACUCUCUGUGCCGUGACGGUGGCGAGGAAGGAUAGACCCAACAAGAGUCCUCUCGAGACGAACGAUUGGUGCAUAUCAGGGGCGAUUUCGUUUAUCGGUCACGUCAGUGCGUCUGUCAAGGACAAGCUACCGCCCGUUCCACGGCUCCAGGUCAAUAUCUCGGCCCACUGGUCGCCGAUAUGGCAACCGAUCAUGGAGCCCAUCAACGAGGCCCUGGAUGUGCGACGCAUCUAA